UACGUACUGCCAUGAGGAAAGUUUGUGAGUGUUUGGUCGUUGCUCCUAGCACUCACUAUUCGCAUCCUACAGGCCUUUUCCGGCACAAGUCUUCCUCAAACCGUCAUGGAGCGAACUAUGGCGUGAAAUAGGAUUGUGGUAGCCACAUACGCUGCCGAUCGCUGGCAAAAAAGCAGCGUGAGAUGAGAGACGCAAGCGAGGAGUUAUAAGUCUCCUUCGCUGACUGUUAACGGUAGCAUCUUCAUCCCUAUCAAGUCGGUGGGAACCAUGGGGUCCUCCUUGUUGGAUAUUGUGAUCUAUUCUGCUGUGCUACUCGCUUUUCAUUGGCUGUACUCUAGGCGCGGGUCUCGACGCUCGAGUCUUCCACUUCCACCUAGUCUUCCCGGACUUCCCAUCAUUGGGAACCUCAGAGACUUGCAAGCACAUGAGAAUUGGUUGACCUUCUUUCGAUGGGGAAAGGCAAACAACUCUGAUCUCAUCCACCUACGUUCAUUUGGAACUGACUUUGUGGUGGUCAACACUCUCGAAAUCGCCACUGACCUCUUCGAUAAAAGAUCUUCAAUCUACAAUGAUCGCCCUCGGUAUACAAUGCUAAAUGAGCUGGUUGGUUUUGAAUGGUUGAUUGGUCUUAUUCCCUAUGGCGACCUAUGGAAGGAUACCAGAAGAAGUUUCCACCGAGAGAUUGGUUCUGUUGGGCUCAGGCGUUUUACUAAUAUAGAGCUUGCGGCCUCACGACAACUUCUCAGGCGACUUCGUUCAUCUCCCGAGGCAUAUAUGAAGCACAUCAGACACAUGGCCAGUCGCAUUAUCGUGCGCAUAGCUUAUGGAAUAGAGAUCAAAGAAGAGAAUGAUGUGUACAUAGAUAUCGCUGAGGAGGCAAUGCAGGCUUUCAGUGCUUGUACAAAUGCAGGAUCGUUUAUGGUCGAUCUCAUGCCCAUACUGAUGUACUUGCCCGAAUGGUUUCCUGGCUCAGGCUUCAAACAGCUUGCAAAAGCCUGGCGUGUACCGGUGACUGCAAUGCUAGACGGUCCGUUCGAGUUCGUCAAGAAGCAUACGGAAUUGGAUGACAUACCCACUUGUGCGGCAGUGACGUUACGUGAAGAUAUGAAGAAGAGAGAUGUAGAUCCUGCAUAUGCCGACUACGUUGCGAAGGCGACGUUGGCAUCCAUGUAUGCAGGAGGAGCUGAUACGACGGUGUCUACUCUUAGUUCAUUCGUUCUAGCUAUGACUCUAUAUCCUGACGUCCAAGUGAGAGCCCAGGAAGAGAUCGAUCGUGUCAUCGGUGCAGGUCGACUACCUGAUUUCAGCGACCGUAACUCUCUACCAUAUGUUGAGGCAGUCGUGCGCGAAUCCUUACGCUGGCAUCCCGUGUUACCAAUAAACCUUCCGCACGUCCUCUUGCAAGACGAUGAAUACAACGGCUAUUUCUUCCCGAAGGGUACUGUUCUAAUUGGAAAUAUAUGGGCUAUGCUACAUGACCCCACGAUAUACCCAGAUCCCGGAGCAUUCAAGCCCGAGAGAUUCCUAAAGGAUGGGGUGAUAGACCCAACUGUGCGAGACCCGACUGUUGCAUGUUUCGGUUUCGGAAGGAGGAUAUGCCCAGGCUUGUCUUUAGCGAAAGAGUCAAUAUGGAUUACUGUCGCAUCUCUUCUGGCAACAUACAAGUUUUCGAAGGCGGUCGGGCCUGAUGGGAAACCUAUCACUCCGAAAGAAGAUUAUAUCCCGGGAGCACUCAGGUAAGGCACACGAUGCAUGUCAUCAUCGGAAUAAUGUAAACGUCGGGAUACAUCCAAGCCAUCCCGAGCCAUUUGCAUGCGACAUGCGACCUCGUUCUGCGGAAUACGAGGCCUUGAUUAUGGCCUCGUCGAAUGAAGAUUAAAUAUACAAAUCUCUACGUAACGCUGAAUCGGAUGUGUUUCAAUAUCCUUAGAUCUGUUCUGCCCCAACAGUCGAAAGGUUAGCUACACAGAUAUAUCUUUCGAGUACUGAUCAUAUCGAGGUUUUCACGUU